AUGGGCCAAUUACCUGCUGUUCGUGUUACUCCAACACGACCAUUUAAGUGCAGCGGAGUAGACUAUGCUGGACCUAUUCAGCUAAGGGUCUCCAAAGGAAGGGGACACCGCUCUUAUAAAGGGUAUAUAUGCCUGUUCGUGUGCAUGGCAACUAGAGCAAUACACCUGGAAGUCGUCUCCGACCUUACCAGUGAAGGUUUCUUACAGGCCUUCAAACGAUUCGUAGCUCGCAGAGGUCAUUGUCAAGAGAUAUGGAGCGACAACGGGACGAAUUUUGUGGGCGCAUCUAAGGAACUUGCCCAUUUGUUUACGUACGGAAAAAUGCAAUAUGGUGGCAGAAGUAGCCGAAUCAUUGGCUAA